CAGGUCUAGAGAUGCUGACACAGACUUCAAAGAGAGGAGAGAGAGAGAGAGAGAGAGAGAGGGGGAGGGGGAGAGAGAUGGCGAUGAGUUAUUGAAAAUUCCAGGACCAGAAUGAGGAGAUCUUGGUGGAAUUUGUUGUGGGUGAUCUCGCAUCUGCUUGCCUUCCACUAUUCUUCAACAACUUUAGCAAUCAGGAGAGAUGCAAGCCUCCUUGAGAGACGCAUAUGUAGGAACACAGUCCAAGGGAGACUUCUGCUUUCUGAUGAUAAUGGUCAUGUAUGUAAUUCUUUUUCCCUAGAUCCGCAGACUCGCUGCUGUCCAGAAAAUGGAGAGAAAUUCUCUUGUUAUGGAUGCAAUCUCUUUUCGCAAUGUUGCAACUCAUAUGAAUAUUGUGUGUCAUGCUGCCUGAACCCAACUAGGACUCAGAAGGAUGAAGCGCUCAAAGUAAAGAUAGCCAAGCCUGCUACAGCAGGUACUUACGGUAGCGUAUUUGAUUUCUGCACUGGGAGAUGCCGUCACAAUUCCGAAAGUGUGGUUCAUGAGAAUGCUUAUCUUAGUGAAUUCCAUCAUUGUUUCUCCCUGCCUGCAAAUUCUUCAGGGGUUAACAGCAAGAGUUUAGAAGCAGGACUGACUGGUAUCAAUGUCAUUGUGGGAAGGCAAGGUGAGUCCUGCGAUUCAGUCUGCAGGUCAAUUGGGCAGUCGUGUGUCCCGAAUAAGCUUGCGCUUCUAAACCAAUGUGAAAUUAUGCAGAAACAUAUGAGCUGUAAAGGAGCUUGUUUGGCAAGCAUUGGAGCAGAUCAACCUGCUGAAGUUGUUGAUGAUGCGCCUAGACAUCUGAAUCCAGGAGCUUGCUUGUAUACCCAAAGACAAUCGGCACUUUCAUGUGAGGGUUCGCAUCAGCAUACUAGGAGACUCUGCGCUUGUGCUUAGUACAAUUACUGAAUAGUCACUGUCAUUCAGGAAAUGUGAUGAAUUUUGGAGUUUCUUCCUCACCAUGCACGGUGUUGAACUUGCUUGCAGCAACCGGUCUUAUUAUUGAAGUGCAGAGUUCUCACACCAAGAGUUUUGUUUUUUCGGUCCGUCUGAUGACACCUAUAGUUCUUUUUUUGUCUGAAUAGUCUAAAUGCUCUGAUUCGGUCAAGAAUCAAGAUUCAUUGUGGUAGCGCGUGUUUGAGCAGUAACAAUGUAGAUCUUCAAUUUUAGCAUUUUUGGUGUUCUCUUCGAAUUGGAACAAUGUUAAGAAGAAACAUGAGCUAAGUUUUAGCAUUCUGCUGCUUCAUAGAAUUGAAAAUCUCUCCCUUUACAAA